CUUUCCUUCGCCGUUUGAAUGCAGAUCAAGAUGUCCAGAAUGACAGACUCGAGCAGCGCCGAAGGGUUACUGGAGGAGAUUCGUCGGCUCAAGUCGAUUGAGUGCGGUUCCGAAGAGGCCAAGACAUCCUUCGCCUUUGACGAGGGCUACACCUUCCUCAACCACGGCUCGUACGGAACGUAUCCCAUCGCGGUGCGAGAUGUCUACAGACACUUUCAAGAAAGAUCCGAAGCCCAACCGGACACCUUUGUAAGAUACGAGUACCGGCCGAACCUCCUCGACGCGUCUCGACGGGUCAUUGCCGACUAUCUGGAUGUCCCAGUCGAGACAUGUGUUUACACAGUCAAUGCCUCGAUGGGCAUUGAUACUGUUCUACGCAACAUCUCAUACGAGCCAGGCGACGUGAUCUUGUGCUUCACAAGCAUUUAUGGGUCGUUUGGGUACACAAUACAGCACUUGACUGAGACGACUCCUGCCGAAGCGAAACCCAUUGCGCUCGAGUAUCCUAUCUCAGACGAAUUCGUGGUAAAGGCAUUUCAGAACGCGAUUGAGGAAGUUCUUGCUGAAGGGAAGAAGCCGCGGCUGGCUCUGUUUGACACUAUCAGCAGUCUCCCAGCUGUCCGAGUGCCAUUCGAGCAACUGACAAAAAUCUGCAAGCAGUAUGGCAUCUUCUCAUGUAUCGACGGUGCUCACGGAGUCGGUCACAUGCCUCUCGACUUGCGCACUCUCGAUCCCGACUUCUUCUCAAGCAAUCUGCACAAGUGGCUACAUGUUCCGCGAGGAUGUGCCAUCAUCUACACGCCAGGCCGAAACCAACAUCUACUCAGGACGACGUUCCCCACAGGCUUCGGAUUUGUUGCUCAACCUGACCCACCAAAUUAUGUUGCGAAUUUCGCGAACCUAGGCACACUGAACGACACAUCGUAUCUUUGCAUCGAAGCUGCACUGGAAUGGCGCAAGAAGUUGACGUGGAACGGGAAGGCUGGUGAGGAAGCCAUCAUGAGCUACACGCUUUAUCUAGCGAAGACCGGCGGUCAAGCUGUUGCUUCCAUACUGGGCACGGAAGUCAUGGACAACUCCGAACACACUCUGGCACAAUGCGGGAUGACCAACGUUAGACUGCCCGUCUCACUCCAGAGUGGUUCCGAACGCUCAAAGAGUCUGAGCACGACUGCUGCUUGGAUCCAGAGAACCAUGACAUUUGAACACAAGACUGCAGUGAAUGCUUUCGUAUACGGCAACUGCAUCUGGGUGAGGUUGAGCGCACAAGUCUAUCUCAAUGUUUCGGACUUUGAGAGAGCCGGCCAUGCGUUGAAAGCUGUGUGCGAAAGAGCUAUGCAAGAGAAGACAGGCUGAAUCUGAGCACUGCCUUCCGGUGGACAUUGCAUGGAGCUUUUGCACAGAAGACUUCCCCCACAUCGAUGUCCGAACUCAUCGACAGUAUUAUGCGGUGUUGCUUCUCGCUGCGGACUAUCGGCAAUCCUUCAGCCGGCUAUGCCACUCACACGAUGAUCGACAAAAUGUCCUAUGUUUCCCCAUCCUUCCCCGCCAACUCCACACUCCACGUGCAGGAACGCUAUGUGACUUUUGGCGGCA